AUGGACGAGGACUGGGAACUCCUCCUCGCGUCCCCCAAGACGGCGGCGGCGGCCGAGCCGUACGCCGGCGGCGGAGGCGGAGGCGGGGAGGACGACGCCGGCGCCAUCAAGCACGACUACUUCGACCUCGGCUCCGACGCCAAGUACCCCCGGAGGGCGUCGCUGUCGAAGGAGGACGAGGACGAGGACGAGGACGAGGACGGUGUGGAGGAGGGGCUUCUCGGGGCGUCGGACGACGCGAGCUGGGUGGAGCCGGACCCUGACGACCUUCUCUUCCCCGGCCGCGACCGCGCCGCGCUCUGGUCGGACUCGUCCUCCGACGGGGAGAGGCUCGAGGUCGAGGCCACCGAUCCAGUGGAGCGUGCCACGGAGGAGGCCGGGGUCACGGCGGCCGCCGCGGCUGAUGCGGGCGAGGGGGCCGUGGCGAAGGGGGGAGGACCGGUCCCGUGGUGGAAGCUGCCGCUGGACACGCUGCGGGUGUGGGCGCUGCGCGCGGCGAGGAGCUUCUGGUCGGUGCCGUUCGCCGUCGCGCUGCUCGGAUUCGCCGUGCUCGGGCGCCGGCUGUACCGGAUGCGCCGCCAGAGCAAGGCCGUCGCGCGCGUCCGCCUCGUCCUCGAUGAAAAGGUGACGCCUUUCCAUCCUCUUCCCUGCAAGCGUCUUGCUUGUGACUUGUGGAUUUCACCUUCUUCACACGCUGCUUCUUCCUGA